CAGCUCUGUACUGUUAAAGCUGAUCAUACUGAUCACAACAUAUGUGCAUGGCACAGAGCUAAUGAAAGUUGUGCCUAUUUACUUGCUUUCCUGUCUUUCUUGACUUACAUGUUUGUUAACUUUACUUGACAAUGGCUUGAGAUACUGGAUAUUUCCCUGAAGCUAUAAUUAAUUAUGUUGGUAUUUACACUGGAGGAAUAAACCAUAAAGGAACAGCUUGGUCUUAUUCAUUACAAGAGCUUGCUGAAAAAUUUGAUUUAGAAAAUGUUAAUGUGAAGUCAAAUAGAAUGGAGAAAAGAAAACUUGAUAUAUGUAAUCAUCAUUUCCUUUCAAGAUUAAUAGAAGACAAUAAGGAUGCUGUCAAAUUAGUAGAGAAAGCCCAAGAUUUAAUUCAUCAACUGAUUAAAGAGAAAAAUAUAUCUCCCGUUUGUGAUCUGUCAAAUGAGUAUGUAAUGAGGAUACUGAAGUAUUAUAUAAAGGAGAAAAGAAUUUCAAGAUUGCCAGAAUUAAUAGAACCAAAAAACAUCUUUCUAUGGAGUCAACCUAAUAUACAAAUUACAGAUAUUUCAACUCAAAUUGGAUCUAAUUUAGUUGCAGCUUUAGAAUUAUUAUUGGAACACCUUGAUGUUGAAUUUGAAGGAAGUGAAAAAGAAAAUAUGUUACAUAUAUUCAAUGAUGUAUGUAAUCAACAAAAGAUAAAUGGCAGUGAUUUAAUGCUGUUAAUCAGGAAGAUAUUGAGUAAUCAAAAGGAAGGUCCACCUGUAAUUGAUUUGAUUCAUCUUCUAAGUGUUCCAGAAACCAAAAAUCGCAUUCGUCACGCACUCAAGUUGCUAACUUUGCCAGAAUUAAAUGAUGGAUCCAGAAAGUUUUUCCAACAAGGAUAGUUUUUUCUAAUUUUGUAAUUUUAAAAUAAAAAUAUUUAAUUGCAAAUUGUUUUGUUGCAUGUGUACUUUUGUAAUCUUAAAUAAGUAUAAUUAUAUAUCACUAAG